UGAAGUGUUCAGGUGUCUCACGUUUUACAUUUGUUUACAUUAAUGGCAGAUGAUGAUAAACUAUUUUGUAAUUUCUAGAUACCUUCCAAUCCAUCAAAGCCCAAGGCCCUCCUCUUCCCAGGUUGACAGUGAGUCUUGCAGUCAUCAGAGAGAGAGACUCAGUUCAGCUGAGCUGUGAGAGUCCAUCCGUCUCUGUGUCUCAGUGUUAUCUCUUCACUGAGAAUGGAGACUCUAAACCAUCCUGUCGGCAGACACUCACAGGGACUGAGCUCCUCUCGUGGUCAGAUCAGCGUUCACCUGCUGUGGUCAAAGUGAGAUGUUACUACUACGCUGCAGGGAGUUCUUCCCCAUCCUCUCACAGUGACCCUGUCUCAGUCACUGUCCAAGUCCUUCCUCAGCUGACAGUGAGUCCUAAAGUCAUCAGGGAUACAGACUCAGUUCAGCUGAGAUGUCACACUUCUCAAUCUACCUCUGUGUCUCAGUGUUACUUCUACAUAGAGGAAAGACGUAGUCUCCAACAUACUACAUCCUGUCAGCAGUCAAUCACAGGGACCAAGCUGCUUGAAUUGGCAGGUCGUGGUCCAACCACUGAGGUCAACGUGAGAUGUAUCUACUAUGCUGUAGAGAUGUCUAUCUACUCUCCUUACAGUGACACUGUCUCAGUCACUCUCCUGGACCUCCCUCAGCCCAGACUGACAGUGAGUUCUACAGUCAUCAGAGAGAGAGACUCAGUUCAGCUGAGCUGUGAGGCUCCUCCAUAUGUCUCUGUGUCUCAGUGUUACUUCUACACAGAGGGGAGACAUCCUAAACCCUCACCCUGUACGAGGUCACUCACGGGGACUGAGCUACUCUCAUGGGCAGGUCAAAGUUCAUCUGCUGAGGUCAAACUGAGAUGUUUUUACACAGUAGAGACUCGCUAUCCAUCGACGCACACUGACCCUGCGCCUAUCACUAUUCUUGGUGAACUACAGAAACCAGACAUUAGUGUCAAUGACGAAUCUUCUCAUGACAUCACUAUUGCCUGUGUUCUUCCUGAGUCUGUCAGUGAUGGUAGUAGCUGUAACCUGUACACUGGAGACCAGCCUCAGGCUUACAAAGAGGCUUGGGUCAGGAGAUUUAACGCAGCAUCAUCCAAACUAUUCUGUACCUUCAGUGUUACUAAGAAUGAUCUGUUCAGGCAUCUGCAGUUGAAGAGAGAUGUGAGAUGUGACUAUAGAGUGAACACAGGGUUACACUCGCUCUCUCCCCGCAGUGAUGAAUACAUUAUCACAGGUCAGAAACCAAAUAUUACAGUCAGUCUGAAAGAGAACCUCAUCAUCACCUGUUUAAUUCCUGGAUCUGUGAGUCCUGACACCCCCUGUAACCUGUAUGUUGGAGAGCAGAGUCAGUAUUUUAUAAGAGCACCCAUCAGGAAGAAGAAACACACAGAUUCUAAAGGCUGGUUCUGUCAAUUCUUUGUGGCUGAGAGUGAUCUGAUCCGACGUCUACAGUCAGUGAGGCGUAAGGAGGUGAGCUGUGACUACAGAGUGAGCUCAGAACCAAACUCUCUCUCUCCACGCAGUGAUGGGUACAGAUUUACAGUGGGUUUGACUCCAGGUCCUAGAUCUACUUUGCCGGCCAGCACGACAGUGAGUCCUACAGAAGUUUCAACUGUUACUUCUACUUUGACCUCAGACACCACAGUGAGACCAACUACCAGUUUGACCUCUCCUUUGACCCCCAGUACAGCAGUGAAUCCUACAUCAGGAGGUCAAAGCUCCACAGAAAGCGUUCUGGGUUCGACUGUUACUUCUACUUUGACCCCUGACAUCACAGUGAGACCAACUAGUUUGACCUCUCCUUUUGCCCCCAGCACAGCAGUGAAUCUUAUAUCAGAUUUGACUGUUAGUCCUACUUUGACAUCUGACACCCCAAAGAGUCCAACUGAAAGAGGUCAAAGCUCCACAGACAGUGUUGUGAAUUCAAACGGUCAGAAAAGAGUUUUGGCGGUGCAAUUAUGGCAGGCAGCAGUGGGUAUGGCUUCUGGAGUUGGCAUGUUCCUGAUGGGAAUGACAGCUGUCUGUCUCUGUAGGAGGAACAAGAAAAACUAUUCCCAGAGACCUACAGCCAUUCAGGAUGAUCACAGCCGAUUAUCUGUUCUAGAUGAUUUGGUGAUGGGAGCUGUGAGCAGUGCAGGCAUGUUGGAUUCAAGGGAUGCUGGGAUCAAUUCUCUCAUCACCUUUGUACCGUCCACGUUUUUGCCCUCAGGUCCUGUGCAGGUAUCUGCAAAUGAAGAUGUGGAUUCAGAGAAUGUAAGGAUCUACAGCCUGAUCACUUCUGUACCAUCCACAUCUAUACCAUCAGGCCCUUUUGAAGAAAAUGGACAGUCAUCUGAAAACGACAAUUCUGAUGUGUACCACGUAUACAGCUCAAUCCCCGACAGACCAGCAACUUCAGCCCAGCCGGAUGGGUUGUACAGUCUUCUGCAGGCACACUGAAACUACACCACUGGCUUUCUAUAACUAUGUCUCACAGAAAUACUCUUCUAUGUAGGAUGUCCUUUAUUUGUCAUACAACAUGGUACUGUGAAUAAGUAUCUAAUACAUCUACUGCUGUGCCGUUUCUAGUCAUAAGAGACAUAAGUGGCCGCUAGAGGCCCCCCCCCCCACACACACACACCAAAAAAACGUCAGUUGGGGUCUCAAGUUACUGUUACUUAGGAAAGUAGAAUACACAACGUGCAGUUUCAAAAUGUGGUUCUUCAUAAGCAGUUUCCCUCUUGUUAUGUCACUGACAGUCACUCAAUUAGCCCAUGUCAGCUACAUUUGAUAGAUUGCUAGGCAAGUUAGUCUAGCCAGCUAUCUAAGCCUUGUAGCAAUGGCUAAAUUACUGCCCAGGGGCCCUGACAUCCAGGGGGCCCCCAAUGAUUUUGUUAGUCACUCUCACU